CUCAGGGUACACAAGUCGAGGUCGUUUCACAUAUACGAGCUGCGAAUGAUUGCACGGUCGAGCAUACUAAAGGAAUGAACUGCGCCCUACAGAGAAAAUAAGGGACUAAAUUUGUGGUCUGUUUUAUCUUUUCGACGUCUUUCGCGAGUGAAAAUCGUAAUUCUCAAAUGAUUGAAUAACUGUAUUUUAGACAAAGGAUUCUUAUCUAUAGGGUACCAACUAUUGAAGAUAUAUUUCCUAGAUUUACCCAAGCAAAUAUAAUUGAAUAUACUUCCCUUUUAACUUGUCACCAACAAUUAGUCAAUUUAAUAUCUAAACCUUGACAAACUUCGCAUUUAAUAUUGUAGUUAGAAUGUUGUGAAAAUUAUAAAAGUAAUUUUUAAUAUAUAAUGUUUAUUUCUUUGACACGGAAGAGGCCGUAACACUGCAGAGUUUCGUGCUUCUGACAUUAUUGGGUAGUCUAUGUCUUUUCCAUGAGGUGUUUAAUGGUGCAAAACUAGCUUUUAGGAUAUUGAGUGAAUUGCUCUUUCUUGUGAUCUGAACUUUUCGUAUAUUUUACUGAUUACGCACAUUUCGUUAAGUCAACAUGCCGAAGAAUAAAGGAAAGGGAGGUAAAAACAGGAGAAGGGGUAAGAACGAAAAUGAAACGGAAAAAAGAGAGUUGGUUUUCAAAGAAGAUGGACAAGAAUAUGCACAAGUUACAAAAAUGCUUGGGAAUGGUAGGUUAGAAGCAAUGUGCUUUGAUGGUGUGAAACGAUUAUGUCACAUUCGUGGAAAAUUGAGGAAAAAAGUAUGGAUUAAUCAAGGUGAUAUAAUACUGAUUGGUUUGCGAGACUAUCAAAAUGCAAAAGCUGAUGUUAUAUUGAAAUACACGUCAGAUGAAGCACGUAAUUUGAAAACUUAUGGUGAAUUCCCUGAAACUGUAAGAAUCAAUGACACUGUCACCUUUGUCGAAGAUGGUUUUGAUGAAGAUAUUGAAUUUGGUGAUGAAAUUAGUGAUGAUGAUGAAGAUGAUGUUGACAAUAUCUGAUGAUCUUCAGUAUAAAAAUAAAAGGUAUGGUACAAGAGUGCAUGGAAACACCUAUUUGUUUUACAAGAUACUACCAUUUGUUGCGGAAUUCAGAUACUAAAUUUUGUUUUAAAUAAGUAGUCAAUUUUCUGUAUCUAUAAAUAAAUCUCCAUUCAUUUGUAUAAUAAUUUCCAAUGAAAAAUUGUGUCCUGAAUUUUCAGGAUUUGCGUCAGUGUUAUUAGGUUUGUGGUACUCACUAUAUAGCCUGUCUUUUAUUUUUAUGUGACCUUAAAAGUAAUGUCCCAUUUGCAAUGGGUGCAUUUUUAUACAUUAUUCUAAUUAACCUAGCAGUUGUAAAAAUGAAGUUCGUAGCAAAAUUUGAUUUUAAUAUUUUCAGUUAAUUAAUUACUACAUAUUUGGCUGAAUUUAAUUACAUAUAUAAAUAGUUAUUUUUACAAUUAUUUUGUAUGUAUCAAAUUGUUUCAUUGGAUAUUCUGUUAUAUAAUACAUGUGCAACUACGGCUUUGUUUAUGUAAUUAUAUUUACGAACAACUAAUUGUAAUUAUAAGAACAAAAUUAUUAAUUGUGAAUUAUACAAACAAUAUCUAACUCUUAAUAGUAGCAAAUUGACGUUUUAUUUAGAAAUAUUCAUUAAGAACGGAAUAAGUCUUCGGAAUAGAUCAGAUAUGUAUGUAUUUAAAAAUGAAAUUUAUUUAGCGGAAAAAAAUCAUUUAUGACACCGUUUUAUUAUGCAUUAUACUGAAUACAAAGAUUAUCAUUUUUAUUUCGUAUAUCAUUUGUUGAAAAUUUAUCCGAAUAUUCAUAUCAUGUUAUCUUCAAUACGAAUCCAUGAAUGUGUACUAAAUAAAAUUCAUGUCAACUGUUAACAACGAAUAAAAAUAUGAUAUACCGAGUUAA